GACUACACCCAAGCGCCUGCCCGAUUGCAGCGGCUUCUCUUCGUUGCCUAGACCAGAAGAAAGCCGGGACGUGACGGAACCGGAGGGGUUUGCUUGCUGGAGGCCCGCUAAACCAUCGAUAAAUACAGCUAGUUUCUUCGUCGUUCAAGAGACUGUUGUGAUUUAACUACACACAACGUACCCUUUUCGUCCUAGAACUAAUUUUUACAAACAUGUCCUGGCAAAGCUACGUGGACAACCUAAUGGGUGAUGGCAGCUGCCAGGACGCGGCUAUUGUUGGGUACGCGGACGCCAAAUACGUCUGGGCAUCGCAUAGUGGCGGUACCUUUGCCAACAUAACGCCUGAGGAAAUUGAUGUAGUAACAGGAAAGGACCGAGAGGGAUUCUUCACCUGUGGCCUAACCCUUGGCUCUAAAAAAUGCUCUGUAAUCAGAGACAGCCUCCAGGCUGACAAUGACUGGACAAUGGACAUCAGGACAAAGAGUCAAGGAGGAGAGCCAACAUAUAACAUUGCUAUAGGCAGAGCAGCCAAAGCUUUGGUUGUUGUCAUGGGGAAGGAAGGUGUCCAUGGAGGGCAGCUCAACAAGAAAGCAUUUGGGAUGGUUGAAUACCUGAGGAAGGCCGGAUACUAAAGCAGCCUGUACCCAGCUACCUAGCAGCUCACCUUUACCACCCUGUUGCAUUUCACUCUACAUUCAGUCCUAGUUGGUAGUUUCUUUUUCUGCCUUCUUUUCUCCUCAUCUGUUAUCCAUCUUUUUGUUGUCCUAUCUCCCUGACCCAUCCUCUUUCCUCAACACUUGAGCUAUGUACCCCCUGUACCCCUUUAAGCACUCUUUAAGUUGAUUCAUAGCAAAGAUAAGCAUGUUGCUAACAGGAUGUCAUGACAAAUCUGUACUUUACUAAGACCAGCAAAAAAAAAGAACACUCUUGACAUUGGAAGCUAGAGCAUCAAUUUGAAGUAGAUAUUCUUUUCUUUUCUAUGUCACGGUGCCCAUCAUUUAAUCCCUCCCAAACCUGAUCAUACACACUCCCUCCCCGAGUAGCCGAUGCCUUUUUGGAACAUUUGAGCAGUAACAAAGCUCGUCAUGUCUUCCUCUUUUAUUUCCUCCAUGUCCGGGAGGGGAGACUGUGUGCAUAUCUCGGACCACUGUCAUUUCCCCUCUUGAAGCCACCCUGCCACACACCCCUCCUCCUUCCAGGCUCCCUUUAGCCAAAAUGUUCAGUCCCCCCCCCCAAUCCUGUUUUCUUAUAUCAGGCAACAUUACAAACCUCACAGGAGACUUAGUUCAUCAAACACUACUCAACAGCCAACUACUCCUGUCAGAUUCACCUCUCUGUCCUCAAUAACUUUUAAUAAAGGGGGGAGGGUAGUGGUUAUGUGUGUGUGGGGGGGGAUCAGAUCAGCUCAGUUAGCUAUCGUGGCCCAACUGCAAGCAUUGGUGUCAUCCAGAUGCUGGUUGCCUCUCCUCCCGGCAUCACAACCUCCCCGACUACAUGAAAAUCCAUGGACAUUCCACACUAACAAUGGCUCAGGCACUUAAUACUGUUUUGUUUGCCAGCUCCUUUAAUGUUUUUCUUUUUAAUUUUGUUUUUGAAAGGCUGCCAUUUUUUGGACAGUAGAUAUCCCAGCAUAUAAUCAUAUGGAAUGUGUCCAGUUUGAAAUUCUUUUUUUUUCUUCCUUUUUAUAGGACCAAGUGUAGUCAAAGCUCGGGUGUUUAUACAAUUGCUCUACAUCAUGCUAAGGAUGACUGCUAACUUUAUUUUUUUUCUGAUGAAGGAAAUCCUAACUAGACAGUAAUACUAUGGUUAAAAAUAUGAAACUACAGGGGAGGUAAAGGUCGGAGUAUUGAAGAAAAAUUCUCAUGUCAUAGUUUUUGUUUUCUGUACUAUUUAGAAACACAAAUGACUGAAUUUGUACAAGCCCAUGCUGUGUUGACAAUAUAACUGUGGAAUAAAUUGCUUUCUACUCUAUAGUCAACUGAGCUCUGGGGUAUCGCAUGGUCUGUCCACACUCAUUACUGCUAUCUGUAACGUCCAAAUGAAGAAAAAAAAACACUUAUGAAGUAGAAAUGACAGUCAAUGGGAGAUGGGAUUAGUUGGAACAAAGACGCUCAUGGUUGACUUGUUGAAACUUAACUGCAGAACCUGUGUAUCCUGUGCCAUAAUGUAGAGAGAUCUGUUGCUGUUGUAAGAUGGAUUUUACCCACUGUUCACUAGAGUCAUUUCAUUGGCACUUUUUCUUUAAUUUUGUAGCUUCAGAUCCACUGUUUAGGCCUUGUGGGAUAUGUGUACUCACAAAACUGUUUCAAGUCCUGUUUGCCGAUUUGUUAAUUUCUUUUCCUCACCACUUUAUUUUUCUUACAUCUGGGAUACAGUCUCUUUAAUGCAUCUGAUUUCAUAUGCAUAAAACCAAGAAAUGCCAUAAAUUGAUUUAUCACCUUGUUUACAGACAGAUCAAAUAAAUUUAUUCCAACCAGAUAAA